AUGGUGCCAGGAUUCAACGGCGUUCCCUUCGAUGCCGAAAUAUCAGACAGAGGGUUUGCAGGCUCUGACCUAUGCGGCUGGUUUCCGUCGCCUUUCACCGUACGCGAACUGGAGAUGCUGAGACUGAUAAAUUCCUUGACUGAUCGACCAGGCUGGGAGGAGUUGGUCUUUGAUGCUUCGACCAUGCAGACUUGGCGAAGCGAGGCCAUGGCGCAAUUUCCAUUGAUCAGCCCCAAGACAUGGGACUGGUGCGAGGCUGAGCUGCGUGACAAAGCGCAGCGAUGGCAGGAGACUGGUCUAAUCAUGGUUCUAAACGCUGCCAGUGGCGUGUGUAAAUCAGACACCAUCAUUCCUCCUUCAGUGGCCAUGGAGAUCCAGGGUUUCGUCAAUUCCGCCUUGAAGGAAAGUGACGGGCAGAUGGACUGGGCACCAGCUUCAAACCAGCAGGUUUGGAACCUGAUUGACCCCUCACUGUACCCCCUGGUUCGCGAACGCACAAGAGUACUGGUCAGUAGCGGCAGUGUUCCGCUUGAGAAGACGCUGGACGCUUAUGGGCAAGGAGAGGCACCGCCGCCGCUCCAUGAAGACAGACACGACUGGGAAGUUGAAAAGUACAUCUACUCACUGCGCUAUCAAUGGCUGCCUUGCGAGGUUGAAUUCUGUGGGCCGGCUGGAUCAACAGACGUGCGGAUUACUUCCUACGUCAACAAUCUUCACCCGCGUGAGCAGCGGCCAUUCUACAGGGUGUUGGAAAGUGUAAUAUCCAAAACCAUUGAGCCAUGGAACCAGGCUCUGAUUAGACUAGCGUUCGCCGGGCCCCUUUGGGCCGGCCGGGAACCCAUGCGUAUCCGCACAUUCGGGGUUGAGUGGGAUAACCGUUAUCCUCAAUGGGCCGAGGAUCUUCCGACCACGCUGGACGUCGAUAAGUCAACUGAAGAUUAUCCGCGGGCGCUCGCUCGGCUCAAGGAGUACCUUUCUUUGCCAGAGUAUGGGCUGAAGGUGCAAUGGUCCUAUAAUUCAACACGUGAAAUCCCUGCAGACUGGGAGGCAACAUUAUCCUUGCGUGAAGUUGUGAAUAUCAAAUACAGUCGCAUGUUUCGGUUCCAGCACUCCGAGCCUGGCACCACCUAUUCCUACGAAGACUGGAAGGCAGGUCGAACGGCCCACGCAAUUAAAAGCCACGAAAUCAAGGAUCCGAUGGUCCAUAAUGAGAUAUUGAGAGCAAAAGACGAGGUCGAUCAUCAAUUUCAGACCGUGAAACUCCAGGACGAGUUCCGCGAAAAGGGGCUGCAGAUUAUUGUCAAGCUGGGGGGCAUUGAGCUCGCUCCUGAUAAUCCGUCCUUCUUGGGCGAGGAUUGGCACGUGGACGGCCUGGCGAAUGAACAUAUAGCGGGGGUAGCCUUGUAUUGCUUUGAUCUUGGAAACGUGGCGAAUCCCCGAAUCUCCUUCGCUCAUGAGAUUUCCAUGGAUGCCGAUGAUUUUUCGUUUAGUUAUUUUAACUGGGACAUUCCGUAUCUGGAAAGGCUGUUCGGUGUUCAGAAUGAGAAACCAUCGUUUCAAGAACUCGGAUCUGUGUCCAUACGUCAAGGGGGUCUGAUCGCUUUUCCAAACUGUAUAUACCACCGCCUUGAAUCAUUUGAAUUGGUGGACAAAGCUCGACCUGGACGCUGUCGCUUUUUGACUCUGUGGCUCGUUGAUCCUUACUACCGCAUCCGUUCCACGCGAAAUGUGCCCCCCCAGCGUCUCGAUUGGUGGGAACAGGAAGCCCGAUCCCAUCUAUCAUCAGCCCAUCCACUUCCCCAAGAAUUGGCGGAUCAGAUCAUUACGGAGGCUGGUCUGUGGCUUAUGAACUUACCAGAGGCCCAGCACCACCGGCGUGAGCGAGCCAAGGAGGAGGCAUUGGCUUAUGAGAAGAUCAGGAGUCAGAUUGAGCGUAACACUAUAUGCCUUUUGAAGCAAUGA